GGUGCAGUUGCAUUACAGAUUUUCUCCAGAACAUUCGAGUUUUAGACCACAACAAUGUUCCGAUUGGUCUGUCUUAUUUACCUCAUCUCCGCCGUCCACGGCCAGAUUCAACUUGCAGGAAAUUGUAGUACGGAUUUACAAUAUGAAAAGGGUUUUAACGUAACCGAGUUUUCAGGAAAUUGGUAUGAAUUUGAAAGAAUUGAUAACACUUUCGAAACUGGUGCCUGUUCUUCGUUUACUUUGACACGAGUAUUGACGCAUAAUCGCAAUUAUAUGUUUGUGUCUAACCAAGAGGUAGUUGAUGGAAAACUUUCGAUACGAAAUGGUGUAAUAAUAGCUGGCUUUUUCAAUUAUCGAUUUGCUGUAGCGUAUUCCGAUGGUGUGUCAUACGAUGUUGUUGUAUUGAAAACGAAUUUGAAAGAUUUCGCAGUUAUAUACAGUUGUAAAGACACUACGAACGGGAAGGCUGUUUUGGCUUGGAAGUUAAGCCGAACUCAAACACCAUCGAGCACAGCAAUUACCGAGUUCGACACGGUGAUAAAAAGCUAUCCAGACUUGGUGAAUGCUACCUGGUUUGCACCAUCACAUUCCAAAAAAGCGUGCACAAUACGUAACGUUGCCACUAACUUGGGUCUAUCUUCUACGUUAUUUGCUUUAUUCGGUAUAUUUAUGUCCAAAAAUCUGUAAGACAAAUAUUAUAUAAUGAUAAAAGUGUAAAAAAAUUUGAAAAUUUUCGUAAGA